GAGUUGUAAACAUUCGAUGAAGUGAGUUACGUCCAAAAUCAAUAGCAGAAAGGAAAAUUCAAAAUCUCUUUCACCUGUCGAGGUUUACCCAAGACUUUCGGCUGUAGCCAGCAUGCUUACGCAUGUAAAACUUUUACAUAUAUACCGUGUGUUCAUAUUUGUGUUUCUUUUUUGAUAAAGGUAAAAGUGUUCUAUUGAGGAUUUCAGAUAGCUUUCCAUAGGGUGAAAGGGAUUUACGGUUUGAAUCGGAGAAACCUUAUCUAUAAGUCUCUAGCUACAUACGGUGCAUGGCGAUUUGGGGAGGAUACAUGUAGCAUGCCUUCUAGUUUCUGGUUUCAUUUCCUUUUCUCAGCAAAAACAAAAUAACUUCACAAACAGAAUAAAAUUUUAUCUCUGAAAGGAAAAAGGACAAAAGUUGAUGUAUUCAAGCAUUCUACCGAGGCACAAUGGUGAUAAAAUAUAUGCGAUAAAUGAUUUCAUCGCUGAACGGACAUAAUACGUGAAGAACUAACACAGCCAUAUGAAUAACAAAAAUAUGAAAAUGCCACAAAAACCUCAAAUAACGAUUGAGCGAUCUACAAGUUUGAGAAAUUAUGCUUAUAGAAGACCAGAUGCAAAUACUGAGGAAUUUGUAAAGUUCAUUACGGAACGACAACCGACAAACUUGCGGCUUCAACGAAAAGUGCCACUUCCGGAGAUUGGAACAUCCGGCCUUCGAGAUUCCGGAUUUUUAGAUAAAAACAGUGACACAAGUGACUACGAUGAUACACUGCUGGAUAACGAGAUAGCAUCCGUCUACUGUAAUAAGUCCAAAAAUUCAAGGAAGGAUCUCCAUGUACAAGAAGUUUUAACCCUAACGAGAGAACAAACUCGGGAUAACUUGUUUAACAAAUCUUUAUCCAACGGACUUGCUGAUCAUCUAAAUGGAAAUGUGCUUCUGUUUCGACAAACAACAGACAUUCGGAAAAGAGGAGGUUUGAAUGUGAAUCUUCUCCCCAAAGUAAACCGUCCAGGAAAACAACUUCCUCCAAUCGAACAGUUGCAUAUCCCCGACCGUCCAACAGCUCCCUCCCCGUCCCGUACUCCCCCAUUUUCUAAUUCAGAUGGCAGCUUUAUUGAAGAGGAACCAGUAGAUUAUAUAGACUCGUCAUAAAAAAUGACAAAAAUUCGUUUGAAAUAAUCAAAAUCAAGAGAAAUACUUUCGUUGAUAUUUGAAAAACACUAAUGUACGAGUUUUUGCUUCAUAGUACAACGGGUUGUAAUGAAUGUGAAAAAAAGUAACAAAAAUGUACGUAUACCUGUGAUAAAAACCGGUUUUUGAUUUUAAAGACGUUUUCUAGGUGCUGAACGUUUAUAGAUAUCUGUGAUUUAUUUUAGUGAUAUUUUUUUUUGUUUUAUAGAUUUUUUAUGUUAUUUUGAAUUUCUUUUAGAAUAUGUUCUUUGCGUUCAAGAAGAAAAUUUUGAAGCAUACAUAAUCAUAGAAUUUCAUCCAAUUUUUCAACAAAUAAUUUGAAAGGGUUACUUUCAACUGUUUUAAACAGUAAAUGUUAUAGACAUGUAUAGAUCAAAUUUAUAUGUUACUAUAUCGACUUCCAAUUUAUAUUACUUCAUUAGAGAUAUUUCAUGAAGACAUUUUUUCAUGUUUAUAAACAAUAUUCUCAGGGAAUUAUCAUCUUCAUCACAUAAAAAAGAAUUCAGUAUGUUUAUCUAAUAAAAUUCUGAAAAUCA